GCAGUACUCGCCGCAGAUUCCGCUCUCCAAGCCAAAGCACUCCGCCGUUUAGACUGUGCCCCAGUUAUGAAGAUCUACAAGCUUGCGGGGAAGCCAGACCGAUGCAAUGCCGUCUUAGAGUACAUGAUAAAAUGUAAGAUGUCGGUGGAUAGAGAGACAUAUCUGCCCGUGGUGUCUUCAUACGGUUCGGCAGGCGACUACGCCCAGGCAUCUAGGCUGUUUGAGGAGAGUAGGGAAUUAAAGGGCCGGAACAAACGACCGCAACUGUACAGUGCGAUGAUCGGCGCGUGUGCGAACGCGAGAGACGGGUCGAAAUGGAUGGAAGCCAUUGGUUUAUUUGAAGAAAUGCGACAGAACGACAUACUGAUCACAGCCUCGAAUCACAAUGCCGUGAUUGGAGCGCUGGUCAAAGGCGAGAGAUACGCUGCGGCAAAGGAAUGGUACAAGCAGUUAGAACCAAUGCAAAAAACUCGUGUGGUGUUUAGUAUCAUGUCCAAGGCCAGUAUGGAGACGGAUGAUUUAGAUCUGGCUAGAUCAAUCCUGAAGGAGGCGACAGGGCAUGCGGAUGAGGCUUUUAAGAAAGCGGUUGCGGCGCGCGUAUUGAUGAAUUAUCCCAUCACGGAUGUGUACAAUGCGGUGUUGUCUAUCUACCUAAAUCGUCGAGACAUAGAUAAGGCCAUGGGUUUAUUUGAAAAGAUGAACACGCACAAGUACAAGAGUACCGCUACGCCCAAUAGCCAGACAUACAGUAUAUUGCUGGUGUAUUCUGCGAAUGAGUUGCUUUGGGACGAUCUGAUAAGCGCUGCACAGAUGGCGCGUGCGAACUUCAGUUACAUUCUCCCGUACGCCUACAAGCAUGCCGUGAGUGCGUGCAAGGAGCACCACAGAGAUGACCUGGUGAUCAAGUUGGAUCUUGAGAUGCACAAAAUGAGCGCAGAUGCCCGAGAGCGACGCAGAAGGGAUCAGUUACAGUCAUCUCGGUAGUUUGCGGACAAAUAGGUUAGUUGAACACAUACUUAAAAAAUUGGAUUUAAC